AUGCAGUAAAAAGUUCAUUUAAAAUCUCUUGAUGAUGCAUCUGAGGAUCCUCAUCUUCAUGAAGCUAUAAAAUUGUUUUUAACAAUGAAUAAAGAAAAUCAUACUAGAGAGGAACUUUAUUUUAUAUUGCAAAGAAUGGAAGAACUCCCAUACUUUAAAUAAUUUGUAGCUGAAAAAUUAUAAAAAGGAACAUAAAGAAAUGAUAUACUUGAGGUAUUAAUUAGGUUUUCUCUUAGUUGUGUUCUAGAUUGAGAAUGGAGUAUUUUAAAGGAGGAGAAGUAUUAUUUUAAGAAAAUGAUCCUUCAAAUGAUAAGCUGUAUAUUAUUUUUUAUGGUGAUGUUAUGCUUAUGAGAUUAAAAAAAAUGGAUUAAUUAAUGUCAUUACAAAGAUAAAACUCAGAAGCAGCUCCUUAAAUUUAGAAUUAAUAACAGCAAUUUAAAAUUUCUACAAUUCUAACUGCGAAAAAGCUUACCCAUAAAAUAAUUAAACAUCAUAAUCAUCAUAAAGAAUCAUGUAUAAAUCAUGAAGACAAAAAAAGAUUAGAGUAAUAAUAUGGAGAAUGUAUGCGAAUCUUAGGGGAAGGAAACGGUUUUGGUGAAAAAGCUUUAGCAGAGAACAUACCAAGAACUCUUACUGUUGCUUGUUUUAGCCUAGAAUCAUUCAUUGUUGUAUUGAAAAAAGAUGAUUUUUUGAUGUAUCAAAUGACAUUUGAAAAAACCAAAAAGGAAAAACAAUAGUUGAUGUUUAAUAUUUUUAAGAGUAAUUAUCUCAAGGCAUAAUUUAGAUGUUAAUAAUGAAUAUUCCUCCUAGAGAUUAGAAAGUAUGAUUUAUAGUUGUUAAACAAUUUAAUAUGAUAGAGCAACACAAUUAACAUCAGAAGAUGAAAGUGGCGAUUCUUUUUACAUCAUAAUAUCUGGUGAUGUAACUGUCUUUAAAAAAGUUGAUAAUAAAAAUAUACCAUUAUGUAUUGUUUCUUAAGGACAUUUAUUAGGAGAGGAAAUUGUUAUUAAUAAAUCUGGAAAUUAUGAAUUUACUUCUUAAGUUACUUCUUUAUAAGCUUUAGUUAUUGUUAUAGAUUCUUAAGAGUUUAUUCAUAAAUUUCCUGAAGAAUGUAGAAUUUAGAUUGAGCAUGAUUAUAAAUAAAAAAGUCGCAAUAGAUAAAAUUUACUUAAAUUGCUUUGUUAAAAAAAAAAAAUUGAUUAAGCUACUAUAGGAGUUUAAAAAGAUUAAAUUUUAAAACUAGCAGAAAUUGAUCACUAUUAUGUGAGCAAUCGAUCAAGUUUCAACAGUGCUAAGAAAAAUGAUUUAAAAUUAAAUCAAAAUUUUUUAAUGCUAUAUUCAAAUCCUAGUGUUUAAAAUUAUUGUAUUUAAUCUAUUGUAGAAAAUGAAAAGGUUUUUUCAUCAAUGCAAUUAAAUUUAAAUAUCAAUAACAAUUAAAAUUAGAAUGAACCAAAUGAGUUUAAUUUAGGAAAUCUAUCAAAAGACUAUCUAAAAAGAAGAAAAUUUUUAUUUUAAUCUAAAUUAAAUUAAAAACUUCCUUUACAAAAUUUUUUAAAGCCUAGCUAUAAAGUACUUCCAAUGUCAGUCAAACGUGAUGUCAUUAAAAACUAUAAAUUUAACAAUAAGAGAAUUCAUUACCCUUCUAGUGUGAAUAUCAUUAAUUAUGCUAGUCCAAUCACAUAAAAUAAAUCUAAUUCAAAAUUCAUUCAAUAUGAUUGUAGAGAAAGUAGCACUAAUAUAUAUACUUAAUUUGAUGAUAAAUAAUCCAUUUGA